GUAAAUUCUGAAAUCGGAAACGGGGUUAUGAAUUUGCCCGGGUUCACGGUUUUGCGCCGGUUUGCUCUAGUCAACAUGCUACCGGUUUAUGCGGUACAAACCGGUCCGGGUGGCCAUCCGGGUCGCUGUUCACCCGAUCCCGUUUUGCGAGUUGAUAUAGCAGUCGAAGGAACUCGGGUUUGCUGUUCGUAAACUGUUUGUGUGACGUGAGAAAUCUUCGGUUUUGGAUCGCUCGCAAUCUGUUCGACCAAAUUCCUCACAGAGCGUGUGUUAUCCAUCACCAGGCGAGUUUCUGGGCUCCUCUCAAUUUUCCUACGCACUUCUGCAAUGAGACUGAGAAGGAUCCUCGCUUCCAUUUCGACGAACUUCUCCGCUACAAAAUCCUUCUCUUCGUCUUCUUCUCGCUCUUCACUUUAUCAAUCGAGGCGUAUUUUCACUGCACACUCAUCUGUUUCGCAACAAAAUGGAGGGAAUCUGCUCGCGGAAUCAUUACCGGGAAAUUUCGUGAAGCGUGCUUCGCUUGGGUCGGUUAGAAAUUCCAGGUUUGCAACUGGGUUCACGCCAUUGCAGCCGAAGCCGUUGGAUUCCAUCAUGGAUUUGGAGAGAGCCAAGACGAAAUCGCCGGAGGAACUCACGUCGAUUUGGGACGAUUUUCACUUGGGACGAGGUCAUAUUGGGUUGUCGAUGCAAGCUCAGCUUUAUCGACUAUUAGAGCAUCGAGCAUCUGAAUGCCGUUACUUUGUCAUUCCUCUGUGGAGAGGAAAAGGCUACACAACAAUGUUUGUUCAAGUUCAUGCGCCCCACAUACUUUUCACGGGUCUCGAAGAUUACAAGGCCAGAGGAACACAAGCAGCUCCUUAUCUGACCAGCACAUUCUACACCGAGUUUGCAGACACAAAGGGUUUGGUUCUUAUCAGAGGCGAUGUUGUGUUCACCAGCAAGCUCACGGAUGAGGAGGCGAAAUGGCUUAUGGAGACAGCUCAGUCCUUUUACCUGAACGAUACUCGGUACAAGCUGGUUGAAGGGUUCAAUAAGAAAGCUCGUGAUUUCGAGUUUAGGGAUGUGUUACAAGCUCUAGACAUGCCUAUUCUCUGAUUUUCCCUUUGAGUGAAAUGGCUCUGGAUCCAGUUCUUGAAACUUUGUCGGGCAUCAUGGCUGAUAAGAAUAUGGCCGAAACUGUUUUACUCGUCGGUGUGACUGCUGUCUGAGAUGUUGCAUGUUCUGUUGAAGUGAUCUUUUCAAGAGUUUCGUUUU